AUGCUAAUUUAUGGCCCAAAAACUCCAACCCUUGUCCAUAAAAUCCCACAGCCCUUUGGAGGACAAGUCAACAUUAGCACCAACAAGAUUAAUAUAGCAAAUGACAUCAACAUCAGAUUCAGAAGAAGCACUUGUCAUCUCACCAGAGCCACCACCAGCACCAACAGCAGCAGCAGCAGCAGCAGAAGCAGAAGCAGAAGCAUUCUCUUAACAACUGCAGGCUUGCUUGCAGCUGCUGCAGUGAUAGCUUCAGCCUCAGCUUCAGCAGCAAUGGAGUCUCCUGAGAAUUCUGAGACACUCUCCAACAUACCCCAGACUCUAUCUGGUGAGUGUGCUUUGCCCACAGAUUGCAAGAAGGCAAGAAUUCAAAGACCAAAAUCAAGAAAGGCAGAGUCUUGCACUAUCAAGUGUGUCACCACUUGCAUCAGAGGAGGUGAUGGCUCACCUGGUGAAGGCCCCUUCAAUGUCAGAAGGCCUCUGGUUGUUUUCAAGCAAGGAUUCAGAAGUCGUCAAUAUUGUUUGGUGGAGUGCUCAGAUAUUUGCAAUUUGAUUAAGGAUGGUGACGAUGGGCCUUGA